AUGGCAUCCACUAAAGCUACCUCGAAGACGUAUACCCUCAACACAGGGGCCAAGAUCCCAGCAAUUGGACUUGGAACAUGGCAAUCGAAACCCCAUGAGGUGGAGAAGGCAGUUGAGAUUGCACUUCGAAGAGGAUACCGCCACAUUGACACUGCGCUUGCCUAUGGCAAUGAAGAAGAAGUUGGGCGAGGAAUUAAAAAUUCUGGCGUUCCCAGAGAAGAGAUCUGGUUAACCACCAAGCUGGACAACCCUUGGCACAAGCGAGUCCAGGAAGGGAUUGACUCCUCCUUGAAGUCCCUAGGAACUGACUACGUUGAUCUGUACCUGAUCCACUGGCCAUCGUCCACCGAUCCUAGCGACUUGAAGAAGCACCAUCCAGAUUGGGAUUACAUCAAGACGUGGCAAGAAAUGCAGAAGCUCCCCGCUACUGGUAAGGUGCGGAAUAUUGGCGUUUCCAACUUCGGCAUCACGCAUCUGGAGAAGUUGCUCAACGACCCAUCAUGCAAGAUCGUACCUGCUGUUAACCAGAUCGAGAUCCACCCGAAUAACCCUUCCCCAAAGCUCGUCGAAUACAACACCUCUAAAGGCAUCCACAGCACCGGUUACUCCUGCCUCGGCAGCACGAACUCGCCUCUUUACUCAAACGAGACCCUCCUCACCCUCGCCAAGGCUAAGGGCAAGACUCCUCAACAAGUUCUACUUGCAUGGGGUAUUCAAAAAGGAUGGUCUGUUAUUCCCAAGUCUGUUAACAAGGAGCGCAUCGAGACGAACUUUGAGCUUGAUGGGUGGGACUUGACCGAGGAUGAGUUGAAGAAGUUGGAUAGCAUGCCAGAACGCUUCAAGGUCUGCGGUGAUGCUUGGCUGCCAGUGAAGGUUUUCUUUGGGGACGAUGAAUAG